AUGGAGGAAGAGAAUGGAAAAAAGAAUGGAAUAUUGGAGCAAAGUUUUACAGUCACGAAAGGAACGUUUGAGAACAAUGCCAACAUACUCCAACGACUGAUUCAAAAGUGUUCUCCAUUUUUUGGUCCUGCUGCUAUCCUAGUAUUUUUGCUGAUUUAUCAUGGAUAUUUAAUAGCUGCUGGAAUCCACAAUUACUCAAAAGCAGCUCCACUAAUCUACGUGACUCUGUUCUUCUGGUUAUGUUUCAUCAUCAAUUUUUUAGUUGGGACAAGAUAUUUUAAGAUAAUUUAUGACAACCUUGCCACCAAACUAGAUGAUUUUGCAAAACGGAGAAAGUUUGUGCCAAUCACUAUUAAACUAGCAUUUGCGGGUGCCCUUCUUGCCUAUACUGUUAUUGAAGCCCUAUCCCAACCAACGAGAUUGACAGGGUUCGGAGGAUAUGUGUUCUUUUUGGUUUUUAUGGUUUUGUUCUCUCAUAGACCAAGAAAGAUCAACUGGAACAUAGUCACUAGUGCCUUGAUAUUUCAUUAUUGUCUUGCCAUAAUCAUUCUCCAAUGGUCUACCGGUCGUUGGUUCUACGAGCAACUCUCCAAAUUAAUAGUUGGUCUUCUGGAAUACGCACAAGUUGGAGCGAAAUUCGUUUUCGGUUUCAUUGCUGGUCCUCCGAAUAUUUGUGAUUUGGCACCAGUCUUCAUAUUCACAUCUCUUCAAACAUUGAUCUACUUCUCAGCUGUUGUUGCAUUAUUAUUCUACUUUGGAAUCAUUCAAGUUGCUUUGAAAAAAAGUACAUGGUUCAUGAAAGUGCUUAUCGGAACCACUCCUGUUGAGUCUGUGUACUCUUGGGCGUGCACUUUUUUGGAUUCUGAACUAUUUGCUGUCCUUACAAGUGGAUUUUCAUGUACCGGUGGAACAGUUUUCGCUGCCUAUGUAGCUUUGGGAGCAUGUCCUGAAUCUAUACUGACUGCCAGUUUACUAUCAGCUCCAAUGAGCUUAGCAUGCUCAAAGUUGAUGUAUCCAGAGGAAGAGGAGACAAAAAUUAAGGAAGAAGAUUUCGAACUUGAUCAUGAAAAUGACAAAGGAUUCUUUGAUACCCUCUGUUCUGCUGGUGUUGCUCUUGUUCCAACUGUCUUUGCGAUUGGAGCAACUCUAGUUGUAGUCAUGUCACUUUUGGCUCUUUUGGAUGAAGUAUUUUUCUAUAUCGGAGAUCUCAUUGGAUAUGAUGGAUGGAGUUUCCAAAUGUUAUUCGGCUAUGCAUUCUUCCCGUUGGCAUAUAUGAUGGGAAUUACUAACAACUCGGAUCAGACUCUGCUAGUAGCUCAGCUAAUGGGGUCUAAAACUGCUGUCAAUGAAUUCGUGGCGUAUGACAAGUUGGGUCAACUUCAAAAAGACAACAAACUGGAUCCAAAAUCUGUUCUUGUUGCUACAUAUGCCCUCUGUGGGUUCUCCAACUUCGGGUCGAUGGGGAUUCAGAUGGAAGUUAUUGGGGGAUUGGCACCUGGAAAGAAGACCGCAGCGUCCAAAGUUAUGCUUCGAGCACUUUGUGCAGGUGCCAUCGCAUGCUUUAUGAAUGCAACAGUUGCAGGUAUUCUAAUAUCAAAUCCAGUGGUUUGUAGCAGCGCCAGUGUCAACUCAACGUGUUUCAAAAUACCUUCCUAA